UACUCAUUUUAGUGUCAGAGAGAAACAAUCCCGUAGUUAGAUUAACUUGUGAGACUGUGUGCCACAGAGGUUGUGGAUCUAGCAAAAUAGUCACCAGAAAUAUCGUUUGCUCGAUAGUGACACAGAGGAGAGAAUUCUAUAUUGUGGUUUUCUUGUUCAUCUUGUUGGGUUCGGAAGGAUGGGGUUUCCCUUUUAUGCAGUCAAGGUUGGUAAAGAACCUGGUAUUUACACUUCGUGGGUUCAUUGCAAGGCCCAAGUCGACGGUGUUAGCAACGCAAUUUUCAAGGGUUUCCGAUCUCGCGAGGCAGCACUGAGAUGGCUUCACACCCGUGACGAGAUGGCUGCGGAGACAUUCGCUCCCAGGGGAAGUGAUCAUUUGUUCACUCCGAUGACGGAAUUCGUCCCAAAGAGAGAACUCUCUACUCACGCAGGUCCUGUCUACUUUGGGGAGUCUUCAAAGCCGGGAGCGGGUGUUCAAAGGGGUGCGUGGCAGGCGGAGGAUUUUCUCUAUGUUGAGAAUAUGGAAAUGUUAUUGGCACGACUCUGUUCCUCACUUGGUGUUGGUCAUCCCCUGUUUUAUCGAAGAGAAACCACUGACCCGGACAACGGUCCACAAGUGGGGUUCGCCGUGGUUCUUCCUGCAAAUCCUCUAGGCUUGGCCAUAACAGCUGAAGGUGAGCUAAGCACGUCCGAGGCAGACGCUCGGGAGGACGCCGCGUUUCGAGGGAUUGAAGGGGUGUUAAACGCGACCGGAAAGAAGAUACUAGAUUAUAAUUACCGUGUGGUCAUGCGUGUGCAGAGGCAGCUUCAGGACUUGCGCCGUCAAAGCGCAUGCAGGGAUCUUGACCGCAUAUAUCAACUUGAGAGGGAGAAUGCAAUUUUGAAGGCUCAGAUUGCCCUAUUCAACGACAUGUUAAUCUGAGUAUCGUCUUCAAGUGUCAUAGCUAAACCUGUAUCUAGACGGAGGCUUUGCAUGUUGACUUAGGGCGGCUUAACUGUUAUAUUUUGUUAUAUUGGUUACGUGUAGGAGCUUGUAAAAUGGUUCUAGUGUAUUGUCCCUGGAUCUAGUGUAACGUGUUUUAAUUUUUUAAUUUAGGCUCAAGACUGUCAACUAGAAUCGCCUGGCUUUGCCUUUUUCUUUGGGAUUAGGGUCGGUGGAAGUUGUGUAAAUUUAAAUUUAUCAUUACCGAUCAAGGUCUUAAGCAGCAUGGGCCAGAUGCAAGAGUUUUUUGGGUGGGAGUAGUCCAAUCAAUGUCAGGGUUAAUUGUACUGUGCCACUGUGCUUCGAUGAAAAA